AUGGACAUUGGCUCAGCAAUUUUAAUAAUUGGCUUUGCUGCUCUUGUUGCAGCCUUCCUCCUUCUGGUUAUUGGACUUGUGUACUCUGAGCUGAUGAAUUCAGACAUUCCUCGUGGGGUUGCAAAUAGUGGGAAACUACACAUGGUUCAUGGUUUAUAUGUUGGCAUAGCAAUUGUGGGCCGGAUCCUGCAUCGUCUGGGCAUUUGUCAUCAGGUCAGCUUUAUCCGAUGGUUCGUGUCCUGUUUUCUGACUUGCUCAAAGCCAGUUCCUGCAGGUCUGCGAGUGAAGGACCUGAAGUUUUCUGAGGUGCCAGUGCGAGUCUAUGAACCUACCACUGUCUGUAAUGGCUUGAGAAGAGGUCUUGUGUAUUUCCAUGGAGGAGGAUGGGUGUUGGGCUGUAUAGAUUCUGUUGAUGAAGUCUGUCGACACAUCGCCAAGAAGUCUGACACCACUGUUGUUUCUGUUGGGUACCGAUUAGCCCCUGAGCACAGGUACCCUGCCCAGCUGGACGAUUGUGAGACAGCGACGUGUCACUUCCUGUCUGUUGCUGAGGCAGAGUUCAGCGUGGACCCUCACAGAGUGGCAGUCGGAGGGGACAGCACUGGGGCUAACCUGGCAGCCGCACUGUGCCAAAGGCUGGCACGGAGAGAGGACGGACAUCUGCCAUUCCCCUGCGCUCAGGUCCUCAUCUACCCAGCCCUGCAGAUGGCAGAUUUCAACCUGCCUUCGUACCAGCAAAAUCAUGCUGUGCCCAUAUUGUUUCGUGGACGGAUGGCAUUCUACUUCCUGCAGUAUGUCAGUGGGGACAUGUCUGUGUGCCAAGAUGUGCUGGAAGGCAACCAUGUCCCCACUGAGCUCAGGCCACGCUACGAGGCGUGGCUCUCCCUGUCCAACUUACCCCCCGAGUGCCUCGCCCGGGGCUUCAGUGAGCAACCAACCCCAGAAUAUGAUGGGGAGCUGUAUCACAUAAUCAAAGCAGGUUUGGAUCCCGAGGUCUCACCUUUACUGGCAGAUGAUGCUGUAAUUCAGAAAACUCCACCUACAUUUAUUCUCACCUGUGAGUAUGAUGUCCUGAGGGAUGAUGGGAUUCUUUACAGGAAACGGCUGCUGGACUUGAAAAAAGAUGUCACCUGGCAACACGUGAUGGAUGGCUUUCAUGGAAUGAUUAACUUCCUUAACCAGGGCUGGCUCACCUUUCCCUCUGCACUGCAGGUUGUGGAUGGUGUCGUCAACUAUGUGAAAACACUGUGA